UUGUUUGUAUAAUAAGAAUACUCUGGACAUGUGUUGCAACGACACAAGUACGACUGAUUCACUACCGGCAAAUUAAAACAGUACACUUCAUCAUUAGAGUGAUAAGAUUUUAAUACUAAAUUUUAACUUAAAAUUUGUAAUCAAUUUUAAAUAUUUGUGUUUAAACUCCAGACUUACCAUAUAGCCUGAAAUACAUACAUGAAACAUGGCCGUUUCCACGGGCAUGUCGUUCCUUAUAUCUACGUUGUUGGCAUUGUCAUUAUUUUCAGUCAUGCAGCUUAACAGCAAAUGGUUGACAUCCAAUUCUGCCUUAGUUAUCGGAACUGGUUUUCUUGGUUCAGUAUUGUUUACGUUAUGCUUAACUGCUGUAAGUAAUUUAAUGACCCUACUUUUAGGAGAAGGAUAUCAAGCUAGUUUAUUUCCAGAAAUUCUUUUAUCAUUAUUGUUCACUUUCUUCACAUGUGUUUCAAUCCAUAGAGUAUGCGCUACAACUGGAUUGAUUUUCUCUAUAUUUGCUCUUUACAAUAUUUAUAAUAUUUCUCAAAAAACAUACAAUUCCAGUUCAUUACUGAAACAACCAAUUGUACAGAAUAAAAAGAAGAAACAUUAAAUAAGUAUUGGGUUUUAUUUUGUUAAUAAUUUACUAAAUAUUAUGUUUAUAUUUAUAUAAUUUAUCUAUUCUAGAAUA